AUAGGCGAGUCUCUGCUUCUACUUCACACGAGUCACGGGAGGGAGGGUGCUGUUGAGAUUGGAGUUCCUGAUAACCCCCCGUGCUUGCAGCCGAAGUGGUGAAAGCCUCUACGUACUGGCUAAUGAUUGGCACGCUUGACAGUGAUUGGCAGGGCUGCCAUGACAACCCUACAACGACAGCGAGAAGACCAAUAGAAAAGCGAAACAAAAUAUUUCAAUGCUACACUCACGGUGGAUUUAGGGGGAGAUAUUAUGAGGCUGGUGUCAUUAGGCGAUAGCUAUUGAAUCAUUCAAUCUGAAUUCGUCGUUCUUUUUUCCUUCGCAAAUUUCAUUCUCUCUCAGGUCAUUUCCAUGGUUUUCAGAUCACCUUUAGAGCUUUAUCCCUCUCAUUUCUUCCUGCCAAACUUUGCUGAUCGCCCUUUGCUCUUGGCGAGCAGCGCGCCCAGCACCAGGUCUCCCGAAGACUUGUCAAUGUUUCAGCUACCGACCUUAAACUUCUCUCCAGAGCAAGUGGCGAGCGUCUGCGAGACGCUGGAGGAGACCGGGGACAUCGAGCGGCUGGGUCGCUUUCUGUGGUCGCUUCCAGUAGCACCAGGCGCUUGCGAGGCGAUCAACAAACAUGAAUCCAUCCUACGUGCCCGAGCUGUGGUUGCCUUUCAUACAGGCAAUUUUCGUGAUCUCUACCACAUUUUGGAAAACCACAAAUUUACCAAGGACUCGCAUGGCAAACUACAGGCGAUGUGGCUAGAGGCUCACUAUCAGGAGGCCGAGAAACUACGCGGGCGUCCCCUAGGACCGGUUGAUAAGUAUAGGGUGCGAAAGAAGUUUCCCCUGCCAAGAACCAUCUGGGACGGUGAGCAGAAGACGCAUUGUUUCAAAGAGAGGACACGGAGUCUCUUACGGGAGUGGUACCUUCAGGACCCCUACCCAAACCCCAGCAAGAAAAGGGAACUGGCACAAGCCACUGGACUCACUCCUACACAGGUCGGAAAUUGGUUUAAAAAUCGGAGGCAACGAGACAGGGCAGCGGCAGCAAAAAACAGGCUCCAGCACCAAGCAAUAGGGCAGAAUGGCAUGCGGUCCCUUUCAGAAUCCGGCUGCACCCCACGCAGUUCGGCGGAGUCGCCAUCAACAGCGGCUAGUCCAACUACCAGUGUCUCGAGUAUUACAGAGCGGGUCGACACUGGCACGUCAAUUCUUUCAGUAACAUCAAGUGACUCGGAAUGCGAUGUAUGAUACGCAAAAUGAGAAAUAUAUACAGGGAAUAUGGACCUGAAUACACUUCAUGAAUUAUCGAGGAAGAUUAAAAAGGACCAGUUGAUAUUACUAUUAUAAAACAAAAAACAAAAGCAUAAAAGCACGUCUUUUUUCAAGCGCUUUCAAUGGAACACACCCACACCUUUCCCCACCCCAUCACUUGCAUGAUAUAUAUAAAUUCUCUCUCUCUCUCUCUCUCUCUCUCUCUCUCUCUCUCUCUCUCUCUAUAUAUAUAUAUAUAUAUAUAUAUAUAUAUAUAUAUAUAUAUAUAUAUCUUUCCCCCCCCCCCCCCUUCUUGUUUUUGUAUACGGGGGAAAUGCCCCACGCUUGUUAUGUCUACCAGGACCACCGCGAAGAGGGAAUUACCAGAAAACGGUGUCCAGCGCUUUUUUUCUGUUUUAGUCUGAGUGACGACGAGCAGCCAGGAUGCAAUCCUCUUUUCCUUUAUGUUCAUCAGACAAUCAUUUGAGUCGUAAGCACCUUUUUACUACACUUCUGUCACUGCCUGUGUGGGGUACUGGUCAAAAUAUGGAAUUAAAUCGUUAUGACUGUUUCAGAAUUUUAUUUUUAUUUCACGAUUUUAUAUUGAAUUAUGUAUAUCUUAAAUAAUGCGACCAUUCUCACAGUCUGUAAUAUAUGUGUAAAAAAUACGCCUGUAAAUAAUAUUGCUCUACCGCCUCCAUUCUCUUUUCUAUCCCUGUUCACUUUUCUUGACUUGGUGUCCCUACAUAAACUAUUCGUCAAAAAGUGACUAUUAAGUGGUCUAGGCGUUUUGUUUCUCUGUUUUUAUGCCAUGAAAGAACGAUUGUGACCAUCAAUUAUCAGUCGAGAUUAAUGCAAAAGAAAAUAUUGAUAUCAUCAUCGACUGAUCAAGUCUAUUUCAUGUUUUCAGUCCAGCGCUUGUAUUUCAAUGUUACUUUCUUGCGUGUUUCUGUUAAUGUAUACGUUUCUAAACUGAAA